GGAGUCGUGGGGCGGUGUCGUGUUAGUCUCUUUACCCGGUGGAUAGACGUUUGAGAAGUGGCCUUGGUUUUAAGUUUAGGGCGGCGUGUUGAUGCUGAGUGGCUCGGUUGCUGAAGGAUGCUGGCACCGGUUUCGGGAUCUUAAUGAGGCUGGCUGAUUGUAGCUUUUCAAAUACAAAGAACAUCGUUUUAAUUUUUUUCUUUCUUGUCUAAGCAAGGCUGUCUUGUCCAAGCAAGUCCACCACCAUAUGCUCCCUUUUAGUAAGAAGUUAACUUUCGUUGGAUCUUCACUAUUUGAAAGUGUGUCAGUGGAUAGCAAAAUGAAUAACAAAGCACAUUCCUUGUUAUGGAACAUAAGACAGUUCAGUACUUUACUUCCAAGAAGCAGAGCUUUGAGGAUAAAUCCUCUGGGGUUUUGCAAACCAGAAGUUAUUCAUUCAAAAUGGAACCCAAGAAACCACGUGCUAAAUGGUUUUGAUGAGGGAUUGCAACCAUCUGCUCGAUACCUCUUUCGAGGUACAUUUAUUUUGAAGUCAGUAGAUGGUUGUACUCAAACCAAAGGCAUAAGCCAUACUGCUGUUUUAAAACUAGACAGAAUACUUUGUCCUAAAAGACUGUCUUUUGACUCAAAGCAUUCUUUUGCCUCUGAUGGGGCAUCUGAGCAUGAUUUGAUGAAAACAAACUUGCAUCAUACCUCCAGUGAAGAUGCGCUCACCAAGAAAAUGAGACCAACCCCCGUGAAUCAUGGAAAGCUGGCCCAGGAGUGUAACUCUCUAAGUGAUGUGCUGGACACGUUUUCAAAAGCACCUACGUUUCCUGGUAGCAUCUAUUUCUUAGCAAUGUGGACAAUUGCCAAAAGGGUAUCUGAAGACAAGAGGCGCUUUGAAGUACAGCUGAUGUUCAGGCACCCUGCCUUUAACCAGCUGUGUGAUCAAAUGAUGAGAGAAGUCAAGAUCAUGCACUAUAACCACCUCUUGUUCAGUCUUAACGCUAUGGUAAAGCUGGGAGUCCCUCAGAAUUCUCUUAUGGUACAGACUUUGCUGAGGACGAUUCAGGAGCGCAUCAAUGAGUGUGACGAGAGAUGUCUGUCAGUUCUGUCAACCGCUUUAGAGCCAAUGGAGCCCUGCUUGAAUGUGAAUGCGCUUCGAGCGGCAAUACAAAUCCUAGUUGAUCAGCAAGUUUGGAAGAUAGACCAUAUCUUCACAUUACAAACUGUGAUGAAAUGUAUCGGGAAAGACACACCCCUUGCUCUAAAGAAGAAAUUGGAGAUGAAAGCCUUGAAGGAGUUAGGCAGAUUUUCUGUCGUAAAUAGUCAGCACAUGUUUGAAGUAUUAGCUGCCAUGGAUCACCGCUCUGUUGUCCUUCUGAAUGAAUGCAGUAAAGUGGUCAUAGAUAAUAUCCAUGGAUGUCCUUUUAAAGUAUUGAUCGGCAUACUGCAGUCCUGUAAACACCUUCGAUACCAAAAUGAAGAUCUCUUCAAGAGCAUAGCAGAUUAUGUGGCUACAACUUUUGACAUUUGGAAGUUGAAACAAGUUAUCUUUCUCCUCUUGUUAUUUGAAACUCUUGGGUUUCGACCUUCUGGUUUGAUGGACAAGCUUAUGGAGAAAGUAAUAGAGGAGCCUGGCUCUCUAAACAUGAAGAACAUCGUUUCUAUCCUUCACGUGUAUUCUUCUCUCAAUCACGCCCACAAAGGCCAGAACAGAGAGUUCUUGGAAGCUAUGGCUAGUGCUCUGACUGGCUGUCUUCACCACAUGUCUUCUGAAAACCUAUUGAGUGCUGUGCAUUCAUUCUGCAUGAUGAAUUAUUUCCCCCUGGCUCCUAUUAACCAGCUUAUCAAAAAAGGUAUCAUCAAUGAACUGCUGACUUCAGGUGACACGGAGAAGAAUAUUCAUAAACUUCAUGUUUUGAAUACUUGUCUGAAACUUGAUGAAAGUGCUUAUAACAAAGGUAUUCCUGUACCGUUGCCACAGCUGCCACCGUCACUGCCGUAUCCAAACGAGAAGGUUGCAGAGGUGCUCAGUAGCCUUCUUGAAGGUGAAGGGUGCUUCUCAAAAAAUGUUCAGUUGCCACAUAAUUAUCACAUUGAUUUUGAAAUCAGAAUGGAUGCUAACAGAACCCAAGUAUUUUCAUUUUCUGAUAGAGAUUCAACUUCUACCACAAACAUGAAGAGAGUAGCCGUGCUGUGUGUUCCUAAGUCUGUUUACUGUUUGAAUUCACAACACCCCAGAGGAUUGUUGGCCAUGAAAAUUCGACAUUUGAAUGUAAUGGGUUUCCAUGUGAUCUUGAUCAAUAACUGGGAGCUGAGAAAACUAAAGAUGGAGGAUGCGGUCACCUUCAUGAAGACGAAGAUCUAUUCAAAUGAUGCACUUCCCACUAGUGGUGCGACUGUGCAAAGUAUGGAUUAAGGCAAACUUAUUGAAGCACACACAAUUGGAAAAAUGACUUUAAUAAAGGCUGUGAUUCAGUUAUCA